GUGAAAUAUUUAAUAAUGGUGCUUACCCGAAUCCAUGGCAACCGCGCAUCAACAAAGAGACGCUUCUGCGCAAAGGAGAAAUUGGCGCUCAUUGUGGAUGGAAGAGGGAGGCCGAGGAAGUUUCUGCUGCUGAGCCGGAGUAGCCCAUCUUGGUGGGGGGAAAGGGAGGGAGAGAAGAAAGAAGGUGGGUGACGACAGUUUUUAAAAAUGUAUUUCGUAUCCUUAAAUUUGUAUUUUUUCUGUUGCGAACCAACCUGGUACUUUCGGAUGAGGGGCGGUAUACAAAUUUAAUAAACAACAAGAAGUCAAGGGCUCCCCAUUUCCUGCACAGAGCUCCAAGCCCUGUUUCCGAGAGCUAUGAGGCAUAAAUGGUGCAAACUGAAGGAAUAAUUAGCCUAAUUGUAAUGCAGUUUCCUCCCUAAAAGUGUGUGUGCGCCUUGUGAAGAGAAACUUUAACGUGCAACGAUAAAUGCGUGUCAUGUGUAUGGAUACAGCAUUACACGUGUGCGCUUAAGCCUUUCCCGGGGCACCAGGUGGACUGCAGUCAUUUUGCCAUUUUGCCCUUGCUAUUCUUCCAAGGGCUCACAAUUGAAUUUGUGCUUCUUUUUUUACAUGGUGCUUUUAUUGCUUUAUGCCUAAUAAGGUACGACUAGUAUUUUAUCCAUAGGCAUUUAGGAUUGUGGCAAAAGUUCUUUCUCAGCAGGUGGUGCAAUUCUUUCCCAAGCCUGGAGGUUCCCUAAGGAUUCUGUUCUUCUAUGCUUUAUUAAUGAUUUAUAUAAACCUGCUGGGAGGUUUGGGUAGAAGUGUCAUCAGUAUGCAGAGGACACUUAGCUCUCCCAUACUUUUCCAUCUGCUUAUUGCAAAGAGGCUGUUGAACUUUUGAAUUCGUGUCUCAAGACUGCACUGCUUUUAGCAGACGCUUGUCUGCAUCGUUUUUUAAAGUCUGGAUUGCUGAGGUGCCACAAAGUGCUUCAGUGGUCCCUGUUUUGAUUUGUGUUGCCUCAUACAGAUCCUACCAGGUUUCUGAAUAUGAUGCACAUCCUUAGUAGUUUGUUGCUGAUCAAUAUUUGGAAGACUUUUAUAUCCAUAACGUAAAAAUCAACUAUUUUUAUCUGCUUAAACUGUGUCAGCAUAAUGAAACAGAUAAUAAUAAAUGGAUUUUUGAAAUCCAGUAAUAUAUUAAUGCUCAUAAAUCACAUAAACAUACUAAUCUUUGCACAUAUUAAAAUAUAAGGUGGAUUAAAAAACAACAACAAAUGGAGGGGGGAUAGGGAAGCAAGCAUUGGAACAGCUUCACCUUCAGUGGCCAAAGGGAUGAGCCAGGUUGGUCUCCCCCUUGUCAGGAUGUUCCGUCUGGGAAUAAGGAGUGUAUAUUCCAAAUGACACCUGGUAUCAGCAGAGUACUGUUUUCCCCCUCAUGGUAAUAUUAUUUAUAUUAGCACUUCUGCUUCACAUUCAUUAUCUCAAGUCUUACAACACUCUACCUAUAUUUCAGAUGAAGGAAUGAGGGGCUUGCCUAAGGCUAUGCAGUGAAUUUGUUUUUGAGGUGAGGCUUGAGCCAUUUCUGUACUUCAGUUUGCCCAAUCCGAGCUUGGUAUAUUUCCUGAAUUACUUAUUGAGACAAAAAGUACGAUCAGCUAUGUACAUGCCAGAUUGGUGGUAUAAUUCUAGGUGUAUGAGCGUGAGGGAGAGCAAUACAUCAGUUGGAUCAGAGAGUCUGAUAAAAUAGAUUCAAAUGAAUUUACUUCUGCUUCAUCCGCUGUGCCAAAGAGGAACUAAAAAUUCUGUUUGUACCUUAAUUUGAAAUUUACUACUGAGUUCUGCUAUCUGUUUAAACCAGUAUUUUCAGCAGUAAAUUGACAGUGAUUGUUUUGGAAAUGUCUUGAAAACUGACAUGUAUGAAUCCAUCUCUUUUUCUCUAGGCAUUGUAAGGAAUUUGCACAUAUUCUAGAGUAGCGGGGUUAUCAUACAAAAGUAAACAUGCCUUCAGAAACAGGAAAAUCAGACAUGGAGAGGAUUGGCCUCUUUAGUGAAAUGGAAUAUGUUUCUAUUGGGGAUAAAUAUGUCUCACCAUUUAACCGUAAGUAUAUUUUUUUCUCAUUUUACAAUACUGUGGUUUUUCUUUCUGGGGAAAAAAAAUCUUCAAAACUAUGAAUGGGCUAUAGCAAGGAAAAUAAAACAGGUAUGUUUGACAUUAACUCCUCAUUAAACAUGAGAAAUGUUUAAAACUUGCUUUGAUGAAUCCUUCACUGUGUAAACCUCAAAUGUAUAGAAUAAAGGCCAACAUAAUUUUAAAAAUUGUGCCAAUGUUUCCAGGACACUGCAUAUGUAUAGCAGCAUGAGUUGGAAGCACUGCUUUGGUAGUAGCUAGCAGUAAAUGUUAGUUUAUUUGCCUUAUUUAACCAAUCCAGUUUGCGGCAUGGGAACUUGGGUAAAACUGCAGUAAAGAAGGCAGGAUGAUUGGAGAGCUGCUCCAUCGUGCUGUUGGCCAAUUACAUUAGUGCAGCCUAUAUGCCGAAGAAUUGAUGCUUUUGAAUUAUGGUGGUGAGGAGACUCUUGAGAGUCCCACGGAAGACAGGAGUGCCUGGCGUGCUCUGGUCCAUGGGGUCACAAAGAGUCAGACACGACUAGAAGAAUAAAGAACAACAUAUGUCUAUAUAUUGUAAUAGGAAAUGACAGUGGGUUUGUGGCUAUUAGGCAGUGUCCCAAUGCUUUACAGAGGGUGCCACUAGAGUUCUGCAUUGUAUGCCACCACAUAGAAUUGAGAAAGUAGCCUCUAUAAACUUCAUCCACAAUAAUUGGGGGCUUUUCUUACAAAAGUACUUGGAUUGAAAGCAAUUCACGCAUUGUUGUUGUUGUUGUUUAGUCUUCCACUGCCUCCUGCAGUUUGGUCAAACUCAUGUUGGUAGCUUCGAGAACACUGUCCAACCAUCUCGCCCUCUGUCGUCCCCUUCUCCUUGUGCCCUCCAUCUUGCCCAACAUCAGGGUCUUUUCCAGGGAGUCUUCUCUUCUCAUGAGGUGGCCAAAGUAUUGGAGUCUCAGCUUCAUUAUCUCUCCUUCCAGUGACUACUCAGGGCUGAUUUCCUUAAGAAUGAAUAGAUUUGAUCUUCUUGCAGUCCAUGGGACUCUCAAGAGUCUCCUCCAGCACCAUAAUUCAAAAGCAUCAAUUCUUCGGCGAUCAGCUUCUUUAUGGUCCAGCUCUCACUUCCAUACAUCACUACUGGGAAAACCAUGGCUUUAACUAUACGGACAAUUCACGCAUACUUCUUUGCAAUUAGAAUCUUUCAUAAAACAAUAAUAACUUCCACCUGGGUCCUGAUUAUCAGAGAGGAACUUUUCUUUCUUUAUCAGUUCAUGGGCAGUUUAACCCCAAUUCUUUUAGCCCUACAUGAUGUUAUUCUCCCAUGUGGUUAAAAUUCUUUUAUAUAUAUUGGGAAAUGUGUUUUGAAGGCAGUCUUUUUCUGCUAUUGCUUGGAAAAACGCCCUGUUCAAAUGGAACCAGGACAUAGUUGACCUUUCUCACUUCCUAGUUUGUGAUAAUUAUGGUUUCUUGUUAUGUCUGAAAGAGGCAAUCUGUGAUUUUGUCCUGAUCUGACUGGAUUUUCUGCCCCAUCAUCCUUCAGUUAAACUUCUGUAUGGUUAAACAGAUUCUAGGCUCAAUAAUUCUCAAACUAAGGGGCCCUGGGAAUAUUUUUGCAACAGCAUUCCUUUUGGUGUAGGAGUAGAUCUUUAGAUUGUGUUAAAAUCUAUUCCAGGCGUCUAUUCCUCAGAAACAAAUUAUGUUCUUACAGGGGGAAAGGGCCAAAAACCUCUAACUAGGGGUUCCAUAUGGUCAUAUUACUACCCUCUACUUGGAGGCAGGGUCAGGGUCUUUAGUUUAGAACAAAUGUUCACAAUUAUUACUUUUCAGCGCAUCUUGAAGAUAUAUAGCUUAUUGUAAUGCCUUAUUGGCAUAGAUGUAGUAGCAGCUCAUGCCUUAAAUUGCUUCUACAAAGUUCGAGAGUCUGAAAAUCUGGCACAGAUGUACAUAUCUAAAAGUUAAAACUAAGUAAAGCCACACCUAUUAAACCAAAACUGACAGCACUAACUUGUUUUAAAGGCCCUUUUAAUGAAGCUGCAAGCAAGAACAAGCAGAUGUUACCAGGGGGUAACAAAGAGAAGGCAGCUACCCAGGCAGGUUACUUUGACCCCGUGUAUGCAAGAAUUUUUGAAGGUGAAAGCUAUUUGAAUCCUGUUCAGCUAAGGAGAAGAUACCGAAUGGCAGAGUCAAAGAAAAACUUGAGCAAACCCUUCCUUCCUAGUAAUGGAGAGAAAUAUCCGUAAGUGCUGGGGAAAGGCGUUAAUUUUGGUCAUCAUAUGGGUUCUGUUUAUUUUUACAUGUUAAAAUAACUUUAGAAACCUUGAAAGAUUCUUUUGUUAGGUUUUAUUUCUUGCUAAAAUAAACGUAUUUACUUCUGAAUUUUAUAUAUACCUUUGGUCCCCCAGUCUCUAUGUCACCCACCACCACUGUGCAUCACAAUUUUUUCUUUUCUAUGAAAGGAGAAUAAACAGCUAGUGGAAUGGAAAAUGUUCAUGAGCACACAGAUUAGUUCUUUCUCAUAGAGAAACCAAGGAAGCAUGCAUGCCUUGGGCUUUAAAUCACAGGCCAAGGUCUUGUGGGAAGACCUAGAUUAGGGAGGUCUUUCAUUUAGUGAUCCUGAAAAUGAAGCAGUUCUCGACAGAGUUGGUAAUCAGUAGAUUAAUGUGGCUUGGAGAGGAAUAUAGAAGAAGAAAUGACAAAUGUAUUUUACUCCACUGACACAUGUGCCACAAAUGCCUUUCCCCCUCUGGGGCUGCUUAUUUUAAUUUCUACAAACUUUCUCAAACUUCCCAGGAGCCAUUUCUAGGAUACAAUAUGGCAGCCGAAGGCACAUGCAGAGAGAUGAAGGGGAAUCAUUUGGAGAUGGCUGUCUGUUGUCCUAUAUUCCCACAGGAUAAUCCAGGCAUUAGCCCUUGUCUGAAAAAAAAAAGGGAUUCUGAGCAUGAUGGGGCUUCUGGUCUGAUAUAGUACGUUAAUUCUUGUAUUGCUAACCAAACCAAAUAUUAAAAUGCAGCACUAAAUAAAAAUAAGCAGCCAACCACUGGCAAAUACAGACGUUUGAAUAAGGUUUUGAGCAUCUUGCAGUGCUAUCCUAUACAUAACUACUCAGAAGGAAGUCCAACUGAGUUCAGUCGUGGUCACUGGGGAAGAAAGGCAGCUUAUGUAUGCUCAUUUUUUUACCCUGAAACUCCCAUCACCUUCCCAGUUGCUCCAGAGGAUUGAGGGGCCCUUUAGAUCAGCACAGGAGGUGGCAUAGAUCGCUUGCCUCUGUGUGUGUGUGUGUGUGUGGGUGGGUGUGUUUCAUUGAAAAUAGCAUCCCACUCCACUGAUGAGAGCCUUUACUGAAUCAACGAACCUUUUGUCCCUGGAGGGAAAACCUUGGACACAAUACUUAAGGCAAUAUUUCUUAGCAUAAGCUAGCAGUGUUUCAGUCCAACAACAUUUGGAGGGCCACAGAUUCCUCAUCUGUUCUUACACAAUUAAGUUGCAAAUUUAAUGGAUAAAUAUUUGCUUAUUUGUUUUUUUAUUUAUUUCAGUUGUGGUAUAGGAACCUACUAUGGAACAAUCGGUGGCCCAUGUGCUUACUUCAGUGCACAAGCAAAAGACAAAGUGCCAUAUGUCCCACCUGGGAAGAAUCUCUAUACCAAUCCAGGGAAGAAGGGAACUGGCUACGGGUAAAACAUGACAUCAACUUUCUAGAGUUGUAAUAGUCUCUGAUAUGUUUUCUUGAAUUUUAGAGGCUUUUGAAUGUUGGUGUCACCAUUAUUUUCUUUUCUUUACCCAGGUAUGCAAAUCUUACCAUAGGUAAACCAUACCCACACUCAGUGGAAUUGUAUGACACAGGAAGGAUAAACUUUAAGGUAAAAUUCUGUUGGAUUUCCAUUUAAUUAAUGUCUGUGAAUAGAGAACAUUACCCUGUUUCACAUGAUCAGAUCUUAGUUUGCUCUGUGCAAAUGAGACUGUACAUGAAUCGUAUUUCUUUUGUAAAAUGAACUAGUUAAGACUGUUAGCUCUUUGUUGUUUCAGCUUGCUGAUUCAAAAAUGGGAAUUGUUCCACUGUAGCAUUCUGUCUGUUUUAUAAGAAUUUUUAUUAGUACUUUCUAAACGUUCAUAGUUUGUUAUUUAGUAUCAGCAGUGUGCUAGGUAGCAAGGUUUACAGCCCUCUGUGCCCCGUACUGAGACUGACCUGAUCAUUUUGAUGGAUUACUUUCUUGGGUGUGUGUGUUGGGGGGCGGGGGAUACACCAUUAGAGCUCUCUUAGACCUAACAUUGUAAAUUAGUCUACUAUUUGAAAUUAGUCUACUAUGAACUUAAGCCACGUCCCUUUUGGAUAUAAGCUGCUCAAGUCCUUUCUCAACAACUAGGAGAUUUGGAUAGUGGCCCAUUGGUACAGUUAUUGUUUGGGGCCCACUUGUCUGUCCCAGAUGGAACCAGUGACACGAAGCCCUGCUAUUGGGGGGGAAAUUGGAAGGUGUUGGGAAAGUGGAAAAGCGGGGAAAUGGAAAAAAAUCCAUUUAGGUUUACAAGCAUUGCUCUGUUUCCUAUUACUUCAGUAAGGACCAUACUCUUCAUAUAUCUAGUUUGCAUGGUUCUGUGUGAAGCUUUUGAGGAAUAUGAUAUUGUGCCAGUAACUCCAAUGAUUAAUCUGAGGCAGUCCAAAGCUAGGCUGAUUAUUCUUUUUCUUAUAAGCAUUAAUUAUUUGGAUCAAGAAGGAAAGAUAUCAUUUCCUCCAUUCUGCAGCACUCCCAUGGUACACAUUUGGUACAAAUCAUGUGUUAGCAUUCUGAUAUAAGCCUUUGACAUAUACCAUGGAUUGGGACUCUGUAGCCCUCCAGAGGUCUUACCUGGGCUUAUUUUGUUCUGAGCUUAUUCUGUAUACCACCUUGAUAUCUAAUUGAUGAAGGGUGGCGUUAAAAUCAAUGGAUGGAUGGAUAUUGUUGGCUAGUGGUUUGGGAUGGUGAACUACAGGUGUCCCACUCCUGGCAUAUUCAGAUCGCUAAUGUUGUUACACAUCUGCAUCUAUUUUGUAGCAUUUAUUGCAUUAUCAUCUCAAACAGUACAGUCCUGUGCAUGUGUUUGUUCAGUUUAGUAAGGCUUACUAUCAGAUAAGUAAACAUAGGAUUCCAGCCAUAAAUUAUUUCCUAGUCAUUCCCAAUUGAAAAUAAUCUUAAUUAGAAGUAUUCAAUGUGAUAUCUUUCCUCUCUGGUUUACACAGAAAAUGAGUGAAGAACACCACCGUUUGAUGAAAGGUGGAGCUUUCAAGUUGAAUCUUUACCCACGAGAGUAUUUUGAUGUAAAUCCUUACCAUGAUGACAAACCAUUGCCACCACCAAAGAAACAACCCCCGCCAGCACCAGUUACCCAUCCAUUUAAGCCAACUUCUCCUGCAAAGAAGGUGCAGUUGUUCUCUAAAAACGUUUCUUCUUUGUCAUUUAAUUUUUAUUGCAGACAUUUUCAUUUAGCUAGAAAGAGAAGAUGGGUGUGGUGGCUUACUUUUGUUGCAGUUUAGAGAACUAUUUUGAAUGGUGGAAACAUAAAUAAGUUUGAAAAAUGGUUUUUACAAUUAUUUAUUUAAUCAAAUGGCAUUUUGUUUAAAGAUGGUGCUAAAAGUAAGUGGGAAAUAUCCACAAGUCCUGAAGUGAUUUGUUGUUAUUCUUAGGUCUCAUUUGACAUGUUUCUAAUUUCUUCAGCUCUUUCUUGAAGGUGCUAAUAUACAAAGUAAACUUAUUAGGGCUCCAAAGUUUGAUACAUUAAUCGAUGGAAUUAAUAACAUUUGAAAUUGAUUAAAAUGGUACUCCCAAUAAAUUGGACAGCCAAUUUUUUUUUUUAAAAUACCAAUGCUAAUUUUUUUAACAGAAUAGUUUUUUUUUAAAAAAUGCAGCAUUUUAUGAGGCAUUCCUCCUUAUCUCUUACAUUGGAUGUAAUGCCUUUUCUUAGGCAUUACAUCCAAUGUAAGGCAUUACAUCCAAUGUAAUACCACAAUGACACACUUGUGAAUCAGUGUAAAAAAAUAUUUUUUUUGCUUCAUAACUAUUUGUUUUACUUAUGUGCUAAUUUAAUUAAUCAACUAAAAGUUAAACAAUUGACUAAGAUUUCUUUGGUGAAUGUAGUGGAGUUCAUUGUAGUGGAGUAAAAAUGCAAUUGAAUGUACACUUACCCAGGAGUUAGCUCCACCUAACGGAAUGGGACCUACUUCUACGUAGCCAUGCAAAGUACACCCGCUGAAAUUUACUCUUGUGCACAACUUUUGUGGAUUAAAUAGGAUAAAUGUACAUCAUUCUGUGCUGCUUGGGGCUGUGAUAAGCAAAUUUUCUCUGUGGUGCCUUUGGGUUUUGGCUGCCUUGUUAUUUACAUAAUACACUGUGUUUCGUGAAAUAAUAUUUCUGAACUACUGCUUCAGGCUCUGUAUUUUUGUGCCAAGUAUUUUUGUUACCAACUUAUCAAAAUUCUUUAUCCUUGCUUUCCAGCCUGGGGGCAUGAAAGCAGGCACAUUUGAUCCUUAUCCAACCCAUUCCGUAGACCCUUACAUCGUUAAACAGGCAAAGCCUGUCACAACCAAUAAACAAGGGCGGGUAUUUCAUCCCUCUCCUGGACCGAAGAGCAGACCAGUAAGAAGUAUUAUGUCAUUAAAUGUUGAAAAGUAAGUAUGACAUAACUUUAAUUACUUCAUGUUCGUGAUAAGGUUUGCUGGGGCUUCUUUGAGAGGCAGAGCAAGGUGGGGGCGGUCUGCUUUGGGUGUCAUCCCAGGGGGGGGGGUUGACAUCGCCGCAGGUGCACCCCCCAGAACACUCUCUGCUGCUGCACACACCCCUGGGACGCUCUCCACCGGCAAACAACCCCCCCCCCCGGGAUGCACGCCGCCGUCACAAGCUCCACCUCUGCCUGUCCCUAUGGGUGCCGUGUGGUGCAGUGCCCCCUGCCCCUAUGGGUGGUUUGCCUGCCCCUGGGCGCACCGCCCCAGGUGCCCAAGAGGCUUCUUCCGCCACUGGCUUCCUUCUGUCGGAACACAACAUCCUCUGGUCUGGAAGCCAUUCUUAUUUGUAGGAAUUUUCUUACUACUUACUCAUUGCUGUGGGUAAUAUACUCCAAACAUACUCAUGGGCACUUUGAUCUAUUUCUCUCCUUAUGUUCUAGAUCAGGAAUGGGGAGCCUCAAUUUCCUAAAGCUGAAUGCACACCUCUAGGUUUCUCUAUCUGACUCCCAGGAAUCUCAUAGAAUCCUAACAAUUGGAAGGCAUCACCAGAUGCCAGCACAUUAAUGAUUUGCUUCAUAAAAUAUGGCUUGAUUUAAACUGAUUUUAAUAUAGUGGCUGUAAUAUGAAGAGUGGUUGUGAUGAUUCCUUUAGGUCUGUUUGCCAUAUAUGCCACUUCAUGUGUUUUGGAGCCCAACUUCCAUAUAGGCCUUAAAAAGUGGGAUACAAAUCUAAUGAAUUUGUGCCUCUAGUACUGCAAGGAAUAUGAUGACCCUUUUUAGGUGGGGUGGAGGAAUGAGCAGGUUGCCAAUUUACCUUCUCAAGAGAUAAAUUUAAGUGAAAGGAAGGUACUGUUAGCAUUAUGCAACUGGCUGAAAUUGUAAAGUUUCCUUCCUUCCUAUCCAUCCAUCCAUUCUCCUCUAAUCCAGGGCUUAUUUCAGUGGCCUGGAAUGCAGCUAUGGAGAGGUUCAUUGUUUAAGACAAUUUCACCAACUAUGGGAAAAUAGUAUUAUAUCAAAAGUUGCAUAAUACUCUAUAUUAUUAGUAUUAUUACUUUAAAAAACACCAUAGGUUUUAAAAUGAAGAAUAGAAUAUGUUACUGACUACUGUAUAAGCUCUAAUUUGAUGGGUUAAGAUCUUGUUUGACAAUGAAGAGCUUAUGUGGGAAAGCCAGGGCGAAGAAAUGGCUAUUUAUCUUAGCAAAAAGUCACAAUUCAGUUAAAUGCUCUGACACUUUUCUUUCAAAUUUGAAUUUCAGAUCAUUAAAUGCAACCAACUACACGAAUCCGCAAGUGAUGUCAUAUUAGCUGCACCCAAAGCAAGGUGAAUGAACUUUUUAGAUUCUGCAAACAGUAGCAUUUUAACAGCUCAAGGGUAUCUGAAGCAAAUAAAAAAAUGUGGGAAAUAUGUCAAAUAUGGCUAUCCUUUGCCAAAACUGUUUACCACACAUGACGAUGUUUUAUGAAUAUAUUC